CAAGGAACGGUGUCUCGUUCCGUUUGCCGCUCGCGCUUUUGUACGUCCUAAUACUGUCCUAAUACUCUCCUAAUAUUGACCUAAUACUAUACAAUAAUAGCCAUUCCCAAAGAUAAAUAUUAUUCAGUGACGUUUAAAGAUGUGUUUCGUGUGUUUGUAACUUAUACUUUUGACUGGACUCGAAAGCGAAAAUGUCUCUACCGAACGGUGUUGAUGUAUCACAACUGGUGCAGCAUCCAGUUUUAGCUGCUCUCCCACCUUUCUUCCUGCGAGCCUCCGAGAGAUAUCAGCGGACCCCGAAGUGCGCGAGGUGCCGCAACCACGGCGUGGUAUCUGCCUUGAAGGGCCACAAGCGAUACUGUCGCUGGCGAGACUGCGUCUGCGCAAAAUGCACGCUCAUCGCUGAGCGGCAGCGGGUCAUGGCAGCACAGGUGGCGUUAAGACGUCAGCAGGCUCAAGAAGAGAACGAAGCUCGAGAGCUGAACUUGUUGUACGGAGGUCAGCCGUCUGCUGGACCGCACUUUCCAGAAUUAACUGACGAACCAGUUCAAAAACGCGCCCGAAUUACCGAGGUAUGCUCCAGUCCAUCACCACCCGAGACCCAGGAUUCCAAGACCCCGAUAAGGACCUCCCCUCUAGAUUCGCCCCCACCACGAUCUCCGUCAGACCAUGAAUUGAACGUGGAGGAAGAAUUGGAGCAUUCGGAACCUUCAUUGACGCCAGAAAAUCUGUCGCUCAAAGAAAGGCAGGAUGAGGUCAAGAAAGAGGACGAUGAUAAAUGGGACAACAACUUCAAGUACAGACGUGGUAAACAGGAGGGUCACACGCCAGAGUCUCUGGAGGACACCUCGCCCUUCCAAAAAUCACCCGUCGAUGUCCUCAUUAAAGUAUUUCCCAGGCGGAGCAGACAGGAAAUAGAAGUCAUCCUCGCCAGAUGUAAAGGGGACGUUGUGGCCGCUAUGGAAACUAUGGUCAACGGCCCUGAAUCUUCCUACAUGACUCCAGAUUCACCCUACAUGAACUACCAGUCCAAGUCUGCGUUUUCUCCGCUCUCUAAUCAUAGCUUUAAGUUCUCGCCUUCUAGAAGAUUCCUUACUCCUCCCUACAGUGGAACAGGAUAUUUACCUACGGUGAUAAGGCCACCUCCAGAAUAUAUGUCUUCGUUUCUACCACCUUCUGAACUGAUGUAUGGCAGGCAGCUGCAGGUGCCAUCUCCUGGUACUUCACCUACCUCUGAUAAUACGAAUAAUGAAGGGUUCUCCGAUUAGGGUUUGCAAAAUUGGACAGUGCUGUAAGCUGUCUUAUAAUGUUCACUGUAAAUAUAAAAAAAUGGUCACAUUGAAAUGAGGUAUUUCGUUAUUUUAGCAAAAUAAUAAAUAGCUUAGGAGAUCCGUUCACACAAGUUGUAAUAUAUCAAUAGUACCUAUGUUUAAUAUCCUUUCAAGGAAAUAAUAUUCGGUAAUAAGAAAAAGAUGCUCUUGACGAAUAAAAUUAGUGAUAUUAUUUU